UUUUAUUUGUGAAUUGGUUGUUUUACAUUGUGCCCGUGAAAUUGAAAAAUACUCGAGUCCGUACGAUAGUAUUCAAAAAGAAAUUUGACUAGCCUAGACUCGAGUCUUCGGAUGAAUUCUAUGCAAAUCAUCAGAGCCGACGAAUUUUUUCAGAGAUUGGUGAAUUCGGUCCUUUUCCGAAAAUGGCUGUUGAUACAGAUUAUAGCAUGGAUGAAAUUUUUUCGGAAAUUGGUGAUGUUGGAUUAUUUCAAUUAUUUCUCAUUUGCAUUGUCAGCGUAAUGUACGGAUUAUAUAUAGUCAAUUACAUUUUCACUACGAAUUCGAUAGAGCACAGAUGCAAAAUUACCGAAUGUGAUGUGGGAGAUAAUAAUCGUAAGAUAAGUUUUGAUCAAGCGUGGCUUAAAUAUGCGAUUCCAUCAACGAAAAGUGGCUUUGAAAAGUGCGUUCGAUAUGCUCCCAUCAAUUCUGUAACAUCAAAUAAAUGUGAUGCCAAUAGUUUCAAUACAUCAAGGAUAAUUGGAUGUACGGAAUUUAUUUAUGCAACAGACGAGAUGAAUGUUCAAACCGAGUUGAAUAUCCAUUGUGACGAUAGCUACAAACUUGCAUUGAUUGGAUCGGCGAAUGGAAUUGGUCGCGUAAUAAGCAUGCCAUUAACUGGCAUCCUCACAGACAAAUUUGGAAGGCUACGAGUUGUGGUGAUAAGCGUAUUAUGCUCCAGUAUAUUUGGCCUACUAAAGUCAUUUUCGUUUGAUUAUGGAACUUAUAUUGUGCUCGAAUUUUUCGAAUCAAUAGCAGGCGCCUGCAUAUUUAAUGGUAGUUACGUACUCGUAAUGGAAUCUAUUAAUUCAAAAUAUAGGGCAACGGGUACAACGCUCAUUGCCACUUCGUGUGCUCUCGGUGAAAUGCUUUUGGGCGUUUUCGCGAUGUAUAUUCAUAAUUUCCGUUAUUUAAUUCGUGUAAUUUAUGCACCUGGACUACUUGUGGUCUUCUACUUUUGGCUGGUGCCGGAAAGUAUUAGAUGGCUUUUGGUUACUGGCCGAAUUGAUCGUGCAAUCAAAACUCUACAGCGAAUUGCCAAAAGAAAUGGAAAAACAUUGAGUGAUCAGAAAAUCGAUGCAUUGUGUUUGCAAUAUUCCACAGUGAAUGCUAAAAACCACAACGCAAAAAGGACCAAGAACACAGUGAAAAAUGAAAACGAUCCGUCGAUGUUUGAACAAAUCAAAAUAGUUCUUUGCUCACCAAAGCUCGCGUUGCGUUUGUUGAAUUGUUGCUACCUAUGUUUUACAUGUUACUUUGGUUAUUUCGGUAUGAGCAUGAUUUCGAUUUACAUCCCUGGCGUGAAUCGCUACAUAGGUUACAUAAUUGUCCAAGGUGUAGAAAUUUUUGGAGCAAUGUUAUCAGGAGUUUUCAUCAGUAGAUUUGGACGAAAGAAACUUUUAUUCUAUUCACUAACAUUGUCUGGGAUAUCAAUUAUAACUGCUCCAUGGAUACCAAAAAAUCAAUCAAUCAUCGCGCUGAUGUUGUCGGUGAUUGGCAAGUCGACAAUAACAGUUUCAAAUUAUGUCUAUUACGCAUUUGUCUCUGAACUUUGGCCCACUUCUUUGAGAGGAAGCAUCAUGAAUGCAUGUUCGACCAUUGGAAAAAUUGGGGCUGUGCUGGCACCAUUAACUGCACUUUUGAUUGAUAGAGCCCCAUAUGCACCAUUCAUUUUAAUGGGCGGCGCUGCUAUCCUGGCUGCAAUUUUGAUUCAAUUUUUUCCAGAAACAUACGCCAAAAAAUUACCAGACACCGUCGAAGAGUUUGCUUCUUUUUUCCGUGUAUGUUUUUCGAGUUUUUGUGAUCAAAUUUCAUUAAAUCAAUUUAAAAUGGGAAUCGAUAUCGGAGCCGAUGACCAUUUGGAGAGAGUUUUUCUGGAACUUGGAGACAUUGGUUUGUUUCAAAUACUUACUCUUCUUCUUAUAUGCAUUCCGUACAUGGUGUCCGCAUCGCAUAUGGUCAAUUACAUAUUCGCAUCAAACUCGCUUGAGUAUAGGUGUAAGGUGCAUGGGUGUGAUUUGAAUGCAAACAAUCGUGAGAUAAGCUAUGAUCAACCGUGGCUUAAAUACGCCAUUCCACAAACAAGCAAUGGCUAUGAAAAGUGUUUUCGUUAUGCACCAAUUUUGUCAACAGAAAAUUUAUGUGAUGCCAAUAAUUUCAACACAACAAAACAGAUUGGAUGCACGGAAUUUGUUUAUACAACAGACGAAAUAAAUGUCCAAACAGAGUUUAAUAUCCAUUGCGAUGAUAGUUAUAAACUCGCAUUGAUCGGAUCUGUAAACAGUGUUGGCAGGCUUGUGUUUUUACCCAUCACCGGAUUUCUAUCAGACAAAUUUGGACGACUACGAGUAGCCGUGUUUAGCGUAUUUUGUUGCAGUACAUUUGGUUUGAUCAAGUCAUUUUCGGUGAACUAUCCAAUGUACAUUGUGCUGGAAUUUCUUGAAGCAUCAGCGGGCGCCUGUAUUUUCAAUGGACUUUAUAUACUUGUCAUUGAAACGCUCAGUCUAAGACAACGUGCUCUUGGCUCUUCGAUGUUAAACGUAUCGUUUUCGUUAGGUGAAAUAUUGUUGGGCCUACUGGCAAUGUACAUUCAUAAUUUCCGUUAUUUGCUUCGUGCUCUUUAUACUCCCGGAUUAUUUGUGAUUCUAUACUUUUGGCUGGUUCCGGAAAGUAUUAGAUGGCUCUUAAUAAGUGGUCGCGUUGAUCGUGCCCUACAAAUUCUUAAUAGAAUCGCCAAAGUAAAUCAAAGGACGUUGAACGAAAAUUCACUCGAAGCACUACGGUUGGAAUAUAUAACCAAAAGCAAUAUCAGAAAGAAAUUAAAUGCAGACUCAAAUGAAAACAAUUUAUCAAUGUUUCAACAAAUUAAACUGAUUUUAAGCAGUCGUAAACUGGGAUUACGUUUUUUGAAUUGUGGCUUUCUGUGGAUUAUAUGUUUUUUCUGUUACUUCGGCUUGAGUUUGAUUUCAACACACAUUCCUGGAACGAAUCGGUACGUAGGCUAUAUUAUUGUGCAGGCGGUUGAAAUCCCUGGCGCAUUAUUGCCAGCCAUUUUCCUAAACAAAUUUGGACGGAAAAAGCUACUAUUUUGUUCAUUUGCUUUAUCUGGAUUAUCUGUACUAAUAUCACCAAUUAUUCCGAAGGAGCAAUCAGUCAUGGUUUUGACACUGUUCAUGAUUGGAAAAUCGUCUAUAACAUUUGCAUUAAAUGUGGUGUACAUCUUUACAGCUGAGCUCUGGCCAACGAAUCUGCGCACAAUUAUCAUGAACUCGUGUUCUAUGGUCGGAAAGGUGGGAGCCGUGGCCGCACCUCUAACAACACUUCUGAUUGUCAAUGCUCCAAUCGUACCAUUCAUUCUGUUUGGAGUCUCUGCUGGAUGUGCUGCAUUUUUAGUGUUACUGUGCCCAGAAACAUUUUCAAAAAAACUGCCCGACACGAUAGAAGAAGCCAAAGAUCUCUAAUUUUAUGCAAUUUUGUUUGUUCUUAAGAAUUUUUUGUGACAACUUUAGGUAACAGAAAUACAAUUAUUUUUCAAUGCAUUUAACUUAAUAUUUAUUUUCAUCGCGCUUGAAUAUGUGCUAAAUUCAAGGAGAUUUUAAUCAAUAUUUGUAUGGCCUGUUUAAAAUUUCUUCGUAAAAUAUUUCAAAUUCACAGGCAAAAAAACGCAUUGAGAUUGAGAUGGCAACAUUUUAUUUUGUCUUAAGUCUAGACUUUUGUAAAAGCGAAAACUCAAUUAUAGUAAUCAUAAAGGCUUUCAUUCAUCAAAUAAUGACUGCUUAUGUUUUUACGAUUAUAAUCAUAAUUGAAUUGUAAACAACAAUCAUAUGUUAUUCGAAUGUUUUAUCUGAUUCAUAUAAUUUUGACAAUUUACGAUUUGAUAAAAGUUAUUUGGUUUGUAAUUGUUAUCUGACACAAUUAAUCCCAUUUCCAAAAUAAAAAAAACCAUAAGGUCUGAUGUUAUCACAA